AGCCUGCCUUUAAAGUUGAGCCUCCUGGAGAGAUGCAGAGUCUCAGGCCUGAGAAGAUGCAGGGGCUGCUGUCUUGGGAGAGCAGGGCCUGGGAGAAGCAUGCUGCCCUCACCAAGGACUGGGUGGCUGUGGAGGUUGGGGCCUCCGGCUGUAACAGUGACAAGAAAGACCUACCUUCUCCCGAGACUGGGCAUCCCCAGAAGUGGAGCUCGGUGGAGGAAGACGAUGAGUCAGAGGACUCCCAGGGCUUUGUGGAGUGGUCAAAAGUUCCGCAACAAAUGACCAUAGUCUUGGUAGUGUGUGUGCUUUUUUUGUUCCUGGUUUUAACAGGGAUGCCUAUGAUGUUUCACAUUUAA